AUGCGGUACAUCUUCGUAUUGCUCCUAUGGACUGUUUCGAUCGACAGCCUCGAUCAUGCUGUUUUCAAGAGGCUCAAUGAACUCUCCGAUCCGAUAACUCGUAACGAUACUCCACCCGAGCCUGGUAGUCGUUUGUCGAAAAAUGUUUUGCCCAGGAAAUACGUGAUCGCCGUAUGUCCGGAUUUGCAACGGAAUACAUUUCGAGGGGCGAUUCAAAUAACCUGCGAAUUUCUCGAAGCACGAAAAUAUGUGGCCUUGCAUGCGAAAGAUCUCAACAUCGAAUCGACGAGCUUCGCUCCCGGAGAAAAACCCGAUUCGAGUCGUUCUUACACGCUCGAAUCCGUUCAUCCACUCCCAGAGCUUGAGAUGAUAAUUUUGAACUUUAGGACUAUCGUUAAACCUGGAAUUUAUACGAUGAGAAUGAACUUCAGUGGCACAAUGGACAACCAAAUCAACGGAUUUUAUCUGAGCACGUACAAAUAUUCGAACGGCAAUGCGACGAGAAGAAAGCUUGCAGUCACCCAGUUCGAACCGACCUAUGCAAGAAAAGCUUUUCCCUGUUUCGACGAGCCCGGAUUCAAAGCCAUAUUUCAAGUGAAAAUAAUCCACUCGUCUUCGAAAGGCUAUCACGCCAUGUCGAACAUGCCUUCUCUGCCAAAGAACAACAACAAUUUUACGAUAACCUGUUUCGCCACGAGUUUACCAAUGUCGACUUACUUAGUGGCUUUUCUUGUGAGUGAUUUUACUUGUACGACUUCGAUCGUCAACAGUCUCACCGGUACAACCAUCCCGAUCUCAGUUUGCAGCUCGGUCUCGAAUAAACCGAAGCUCCGUUUCGCUCUCAGCGUUGCCAUGAGGGCGUUGACUUUUUACAUGAAUUUUUUUCAGAUCGAUUAUCCCUUACCGAAGAUCGAUCUUGUCGGGGUUCCCGACUUCGCGGCUGGUGCCAUGGAGAAUUGGGGCCUCGUGACCUUUCGCGAGACCGAAAUUCUUCAAUGCGAUCAACACAGCUCGGUCGGCAAUACCAAAAGCGUCGCUCUCACGAUUGCCCAUGAAUUGGCUCACAUGUGGUUCGGUAAUUUGGUCACCCUCGUUUGGUGGAACGACCUCUGGCUCAACGAAGGUUUUGCCACGUACAUGGAACACGUCGCUGUCCAUUCCAUCUUCCCAGAAUGGCAGCAGAUGGACAGUUUUCCUCUGGAAACGAAAUAUCUGACGAUGCGUUCAGAUUCCAAAGUUACAGCUCACCCGAUCGUUCGGUGCACCGAGAAUGCUGACGAGAUCGGACAGAUGUUCGAUCACAUUUCGUACCAAAAGGGUGCGGCAGUUUUAAAGAUGUUGGAAGAUGUCAUGGGGAAUGAGAGAUUCGUCAGUGGCAUUAGAGAAUACCUCUUGAAGUACAAAUUUGGAAACGCCGCGACAUUUCAUCUUCUUGAGAUCCUUCAGAAGCACUUUGACAGCAAAGUCAAUCUCGUGGAUUUCAUGAAACGUUGGACAGAAUUGCCCGGCUUUCCAGUCCUCUCUAUUCACCGUUAUUCUCAAACGAAUUACAAAUUAUUUCAAAAGAGGUUCGUCGCUCGUGGCGAAUCGACGGGAAAUUCGACUUGGGACUUGCCCAUCAGAUACGUCACCAGUCGGAUGCAUGACGGUGCGCAGCUCGCGUGGUUCUUGGGCAAUGCUUCUUGCGCGGAACUUUCACUCAGAAAUCCGGUCGAUUGGAUAAAGCUCAAUCAUGAAUCAAUCGGCUACUACAUAGUGAAUUACAGCGAAGAUCUUUGGUCCUCCUUUGGGAAGCUUUUGUCCGAGGACUUGAACAUUCUGAGCCCUUCGGACAGAGCUGAUCUUCUCCACGACUCUUUCAUCCUCGCAGACUCCGGGAAUCUAGCUUAUGACUCGGCUUUGAAUCUAACGAAAUAUUUGAGGAACGAAACAGUGUUUCAGCCUUGGGUCGUUGCAGCCAGUUGGCUUUUGCGGGUUGACAGGCUUUUAGGGGGGACGCGAGUUCAUCGCCGAUUUCGGUGUUAUGCCCGACACUUGGUUGGGAAAGUUUAUCGCGACGUAGGCUGGACCAGUUAUGAAAAUGAGGAUUUUAAUACCAGAGAAUUACGAAUAGUCGCGCUACGCGUCGCGUGCAGCAUCGGUCACAAACAUUGCCUCCAAAACGGCGAGAAAAUGUUGAAAGUUUUCAUACAGAGCAACGGCACCGAACGGCCACCGGCCGAUCUAAGAUCCAUUGUUUAUUCAUUCGGUCUUGUACGCCUUGGCCCAGAUCACCUCGAAUCGUAUGAGAAAAUGUGGAGAAUUUUUCUUCGAGAAAAUGAUCCGCAAGAAAAAGAAAGAUUGCUCAUUGGGUUGGCUGAUGUCAGAGAUCCUAAUAUUAUUCUGAAGUAUCUAGAAAGAGUCUCCGAUGAAAAUCUCGUGAGAAGACAAAACUUUUUCGAGGCCAUUGGUAAAGUGGCUUCAAAUCAAGCGGGACUCACAAUAAUCUGGAACUUUUUGAGAAAUAAUUGGGAUUCACUUGUCAAGAAAUACACUCUCAAUGACGCCGCGAUGGGCUCUCUCGUUGGCAAGAUUGUCUCAUCUUUCAAAGAUCGCACCAGAUUCGACGAAGCUAAAGAAUUUUUUAAUAAAUAUCCAGACGCUGGUGCAGGUGCUAAUUCUCGAAAGCUUGCACUCGAGGAAUCUGCCAGUAAUAUGGAAUGGAUUGACAGAAAUCCUGCUAUAAUCAAUCUUUGGCUCGAGAAAAAUAAAAUCAGACGAAUCACCAAAGUCACUGCUUCUCCAUAACUCAGAUGUUAGUUUGCUUUAUUUAUAUUCAUAUAUUAUUGUGAUAGAAAUGUUAUGAAUAAGUCUGUAUAAGCUAUAAUAAAUCCAAUCAAUAUUGUCCA